CCGGAACGGAGUCCGGGUUUGUUGUUGUUGCCCCAGCGGCUCCUCGGUCGCUUCAGCCGCGUCGCCGCCGCCAUGUCCAGCCCUCAGGAGCCGCCGCAGCACAACAACAACAACAACCCGCCGGCGGACGCGACGCACGGCGACCCCGGCCUCAACAGUUCCUGGGUGGAGCUGCAGAUGAACGGCAACGGCAACGACACCGGCAAGAACGGGGGCCUGGAGCACGUCCCGUCCUCCUCCUCCAUCCACAAUGGAGACAUGGAGAAAAUCCUCCUGGAUGCCCAGCACGAGUCAGGACAGAGCAGCUCAAGAGGUAGUUCCCACUGUGACAGCCCGUCACCUCAAGAUGAUGGACAGAUAACUUUUGAUGUGGAAAUGCACACAAGUAAAGACAGUAGUUCUCAGUCCGAAGAAGAAGCAGUAGAAGGAGAGAAAGAACUGGAAGUUUUGAAGAAAAGUGCAGACUGGGUGUCAGACUGGUCAAGUAGACCUGAAAACAUUCCUCCCAAGGAAUUCCAUUUCAGACAUCCUAAACGUUCAGUGUCUCUAAGUAUGAGAAAAAGUGGAGCAAUGAAAAAAGGUGGCAUUUUCUCUGCAGAAUUUCUUAAGGUUUUCAUUCCAUCUCUGUUCAUAUCUCAUGUUUUGGCUCUGGGACUAGGAUGAGCCUGGGACUGGAGGAAAACCCACUUUGGGUGAGUACUGAGAGCACUGAUCCUUCCAGACUCAUGCAAAACCUCCCUGUAAGUCAUUUUCUAGAAGAGAAGUGGAGUGUGUGGAUGGAUGUGAGACUGGAGAGGGGGAUUAGGGCAGCUGGGUGUGUGGGGGCUGUGGGAGAGCAGGGAGCAUUCCCGUGCAAUAUCACAUCCUUUGUUUUUAUUUCAGCAUCUACAUUGGGAAACGUCUGACCACACCUUCGACCAGCACCUAUUGAACCACGGAGUGCACACCUGGACCCCACGUGCCCUGUGAAGGUGUUACUGUCUCAUUUAGUACAUUUGACUUGAGACCAUUCUAAGCAUGACCCUGACUUCACCCUUUCCUUCCAUAUCCAGGUUUUUUGCUAACUCUGGAAUUCAGUAUUGUGUUGGAACUCUGUUGAGGUGUUUGGCUAUCCACAUUUUUUCCCUCUCUCCCAUUCCCCUGCCUCUUGGCCUGCAAGACACGUCAGAGUUGCUGGAUGGAGUUUACAACUGUCUCUAUGUUGCAAGGGCUUCUCUCAAUGCAAAAUGCCACCAGCAAGUUUAAUUUUAUCAGUGAUGCUGUUGCCUCCUUAGUGCAACCUGACUUCAGUUGCAGUUGUGCAUGGUCUAAUGUUGACUGCAUGGUGGUGAUAAAACAGUUUCUUUGGAAGAAAAUUACUGAUUGGAGUGGGAAAGAGUUUUUCUUCUGUAAAAAAAAAAUAAAGAAAAAAGAAGCUGGUUAUGGAAUAAACUAAGAAAUCACUGGCAAUAAAGAUCCAGUUUAAAUCAGCUUUUGGGGGGAAUUUACUUGGCCCCUUGUAUUGGCUAACAAACACCAUUUGAAUUGCAGGAGGCAAAGACUGCAUAAAUUUUAAAGUAGGAUAACUAAAUCCAUCAGCAUAUUUUAAUACUAGGUAAUUGUUGUAAUCUUGUCUUUUCUAUGAAGUCAGCUCCUUAUUCCUUGUAGGAAAACCUGUCUGAUACCUAGGAAACAUUAGAAAAAUUGCAUUAUUUGCAUGUGAAGAAGCUUUCUUUUUUUUCUUUACCUGAUCUCUUAAGGGAAAAUUUUCAGUGUGGAAUUUUCCUUUUCAAAGUAGUUCUAAAUUAAGGAAAAACCCAACAGCUGUAGUGUAGGUAGGCUCUGUGUAAAAGGAAAUGAUUCUUUUUGUUGUGGAACCAUUUACAGCUGUGAGGAUCCAGCAGUUUCAGCAGGAAAAGCAUUUGGCUCAUCCUUAAGGGGGACAAUCUUGCAGGUGCAUAAAGGCUCAGAAGUUGUGAAAGCUCUGAAAUGUCUUCUGCUAAUGAAUUUUCAAUAUUCCUCUCUCUCGUUGUUUACUGUACAAUCUCCUUUUUGGGGAUACUUGGAACCUGAAAGUCACUUGUGAUGUCUCAUGUUAGGGUAGAUUUCUCACUGAUGUUGUUGAACUUUUAUCUUAGGGAACAUUAAGCCUUGUCCUCCUUCAGUGACACUUCUUUUCAAAAUGUGAAGCUUUAGUACCAAAUUGUUACAAAGCAUCGGGACAGACGUGUCCUUAAAUAGAUUUUAUUGGAUUUCAGAACAUGUAGCAUGAACUCUGAAGGAUAGAAUACUGUUUUUAUAUAUAUAUGUAUAUGAAUAUAUAUAUAAAAAUAUGAUAUAGACUUUAAUACUAAGUAUUUAGGGAACCAAUGCUAAUUUUAAGACUAGCAAAAAUCUCAUUUAAAUAAAAACUUUAGCAGGCUGACUUUGUAGAAAAUAAGAAGAUCUAGUCAGCCAUUUGGAGAAAACAGCUACCUGUAAUUGCUUGCUUGCAUCAGACUUUAUAAAGUUGAUUAUUUGUUAGAGCAGUGAUUGCUUGAACCAAUUGAUGCAUAGAAGCUAAAGCCCAGCUGAGAUUUGGGUUAAAAAAACUUUAGUUAGCUCCCAGGAAGUGAAAAAGUGAAGCAUGAAUCCACUGCUAAACUGUAUUUAUUUUCAUUCUCUACUUCUGAAUGCUGUCAGAGAAUGCUUUCAGGGUGAACAACAAAUCCUCUUGAGUAAUCUGCUUUUUUUUUUUUUUUUCCUUUUGGUUGUGAAUACUUAGUGGCACUUGAGCUGCCCACAAGUUGGGUUUUGUUUGUUUUGGGUGUGGAUAUUGGGUUUCACCCAGAGGUGGGGGCGGGCAGGGGAACGUGGUGGAGGGUGCUUUAGGGAGCAUCAAAUCCUUCAUUUUACAGCCCUGAAAUCUGAGGGCACGGGUGAAAGGCUGGACCACUUUCAGUUCUAACACAGCACCUUGUUUUGUAUGAAAUUGGAGUAGUGGAAAAAGAGAUUUUUACUAAGUAGGGAGUAUUUUUUAAAGAGGAAAAUCCAGUAAAUUACCCCUUUCUAAAUUAAUUUCCGAAUAGCUGAUAAAUAACAGUGCAAGCUUGUGGCUGGAUAAUGAUAUUUGGAGUAAAACCUAUGAAACCCAGAGCUGAGGAAUGCCCCGUGGUCACUGAAACACUGCCUGGGGUACAGUGCAGUGUUUAUUGAGACCCUGUUCUAAGCUUUGGAGGAAAAUCUGCAACUUCCAGUUGUACAUUGAACAGCAACAGAGUGUUGUAUCAUUCAGAAAGGGGUUUCAAUGAUUGAGAGUUGAAGUUUUGUUAAGAUAAAUGUUGUUUAAAAAGCUUUAUACCUGUUUACAGUUUUGGAAAAAAAAAAAAAAAGAAAAGUAGGCUUCAUUUUUCUUACAUUCAGUGAAAACUGGCCUAGACUAUUUGUAAAUAGGAUCAAGACAAAAAAUGCAUAAACUCGCACAUUAAAGAUGCAAGCUGACCUAACUGCAGCAAAUGCAUAUUUACUUACUGUUUUCAAAAGUGAAAGCUGAAGAUUGUUAGAAAUUCAAAUUUUUUAAUUGACAUUUGUUGAAAUAUUGGAGUUAACUGAGCCAAAGUGAUUAUGCAUUCUUCAUAAAUUAGUUAGCACUUUGUAACAUUAUAUACAGUUUACAUGUAUAAGUUGUAGCUUAUAAACAUUUUGUGCCAUUAAAGCUCUCACAAAACUG